AACGAAUUGGUCCAAUUCCCAGCGUUUUUCUCACUGCACGUUCAUGUGGAAAGAAUGCCUUGGGACUACUGGGAAAAUGUCCACUGAGUCUUUUCCUUGCUAUCUGUCGUUUUACUGGCAAGGGCAAGGGAAGAUCAUUUCAGUUUCCUACUUAAACUUGAAGACUUUCUUGUCAUUUUUCCAUUUCUACUUUUCAUACAUGAAGUACUCUCCCGGUUCACUACUCUUCGAAAUUUGUCAGAAAUUAGGGUUAAGGUUUUUGUUUCCAGUAAGUAAGGCGGAUAGAGAAGGAGCUCCAUCGGUUAAAGAGGUCGUUUUUCUUCUUUGGUUUGAAUGAAACAGGGAGUUUUUGCUUAAUUUGAUGGUUCGGCUUGAUGGGUUGCUGAGAUUGGUGGUUAUGAAAAAUGGGUUUGUGUGAUUAAGGUUUAUGCUUCAUGGGUUUUUGAAAUCAGUAUUGGUGAGCGUUUGUUGAAUUCUGGAAGAAGCACAAACAUGGCUGGGUUUCUGAGAAAACUUCUGCCUACUCUGCCUUCAAACCAUGAUGACGAUGAUAAUCAUCAUAAUAUUGAGUAUUCAUUUGCUAUGGAGUAUCAUGGGCCUCCGGUCACUUAUGAUUUGCCUCUCGCAGUUCCUGUUGACAUCGACCAAGUCCCUACUGCUGCUGCAGUUGUCUCAGCCUCUUUGGUUGAUAACUCGUCGGUGCCGGUUAUCCAACCAAUUGUAAUGGGUAAGCCUUUAAGCAAGAAGUUGGUGGACAAGUUAAAAUCAGGCUCUGAAAUGACUGCUUUGGGGGAACCUGUCGGCUUGAGUACAAGAGCUAGUUCAGGUGCAGUAGGUUCCUUAAAUGGUGAUGAGAGUGCGCCCAAGUUAUUGGAUGCAAUUAGAAGCUCCGGCAGAUUUGGAUUUUCCAAAAUCCAUAAAGAUUCUUAUGAGUUAUUGGGAAGUUCAGACAUGUUGCAGUUAUCCAAUGAUUGCAAGGACGGUGGAGGCUUUGAAGAUUAUUUAAGCCAUGUCAGUAGCGAUUCCAGUGAAUCGGGUGUGAGUUCAGAGGUUCUGUCCUCUGAGGAUUCCAAUACAGAAAAACCUCGCCAUGUCAAAGAACCGUCAAGUGUCACUUUCCGUGAUCCUGAAUCAAAUGACAUUUUUCAAGAGGAAUCCGAUCACGCUGAAGCCAGAAAUAUCCAUAGAAGGCGAGCUCCUGAAAGGAAUGUGAAGAAAGGAUUGUGCUAUAGAUGCUUGAAAGGAAAUCGGUUCACAGAAAAGGAGGUAUGCAUUGUUUGCAGCGCAAAAUACUGUGUUAGUUGUGUGCUGAGAGCAAUGGGGUCAAUGCCAGAAGGAAGAAAAUGUGUUACUUGUAUUGGUCUCCCAAUUGAAGAGUCAAGGCGUAGGACCCUGGGGAAAUGCUCUCAAAUGCUCAAGCGAUUGCUAAGUGACUUGGAAAUUGAACUGAUAAUGCGUUAUGAGCUACUCUGUGAAGUGAAUCAGCUGCCACAUGAACUUGUUUGUGUGAAUGGCGAGCCUCUUUCUCAAGAAGAGAUGGUUUUUUUGAAGAGCUGUCCAAAGCCGCCGAAAAAGCUAAAACCCGGAAGAUAUUGGUAUGAUAAAGUAUCUGGUCUUUGGGGGAAGGAAGGACACAGGCCUUGUCAGAUUAUUAGCCCCCAGUUGAAUGUUGGGGGUCAAAUCAAGCGAAAUGCUAGCAAUGGAAAUACAAAAAUAUUGGUAAAUUCUCGGGAGAUUACUGAAGUGGAGCACUGGAUGAUGCAUGUGGCAGGAAUCCGAUGUGUAGGAAAUAUUAGCCUCUGGUUGAGUGCAGAUGGAACCUAUCAGGAAGAGGGACAGAAGAACAUGAUAGAUCCAAUAGGGAAUAAGUCUGGAGUGAGGCUGCUCUGUGCUGUCUUCUCUUUACCAAUUCUUCCUGAUUCUGCAAAUCCUUCUGGGGGUGAAGUGAAUGAUCCUGUCAAUGAGGUUGGUCUGAACCGCCUUGAGCAGAAAGCAUCUCAUAAACUUCUCCUCAUUGGUCCUAAUAGAUCUGGGACAAGCACUAUAUUUAAACAGGCCAAGCUUCUAUAUAAUGUUCCUUUCUCGGAAGAUGAGCGUCAAAAUAUUAAGUUCAUGAUCCAGACCAACUUGUAUUGCUAUCUUGGUAUAUUGCUUGAGGGACGUGAACAAUUUGAAGAAGAAAUUUUGACUGAAAUGCAGAAAAGACAGUCUGUUGAUGAGCCUGGUCCUUCAGGGAACACUGGCUUGACUCAUGAUAAAACAAUCUAUUCCAUUGGCCCAAGGCUGAAAGCAUUCUCUGAUUGGCUUCUCCAAGUUAUGGUGUCAGGUAAUUUAGAAGUCAUUUUCCCUGCUGCUACUCGUGAAUAUGCACCAUUAGUUGAGGAGCUGUGGAAAGAUGCAGCAAUUCAAGCCACAUACAACCGAAGAAGUGAACUAAAAAUGCUACCCAGAGUUGCUAGUUAUUUCUUAGAUCAGUCUGUUGAGGUUUCAAAGGUAGAUUAUGAGCCCUCAGAUGUGGAUAUCUUGUAUGCCGAGGGUAUUACUUCAUCAAAUGGGCUUGCUUGUACAGAAUUUUCAUUAGAGGAUGUCGACCUGGACCCUCAUAAUCAGCCCGGUACAUUGCCAAGUCGCAGGUUCGAACUCAUCAGAGUGCACCCAAAAAACCUUGGGGACAACUGCAAGUGGUUGGAGAUGUUUGAAGAUGUUGGGAUUGUCUUAUUUUGUGUUUCCUUAGCAGACUACGAUGAAUUGUCUGAUGGCCUUAAUGGGUUCUCUAGGAACAAGAUGCUGGAGAGCAAGAAACUCUUUGAAAGAGUAGUCACUCAUCCUAACUUCGAGCACAAGGACUUCCUCCUGAUACUCAACAAGUUCGACCUCUUAGAGGAAAAAAUCGAUCAGUCUCCUCUCACUAAAUGUGAGUGGUUCCAUGACUUUACUCCGGUCGUCAGUCACAACUACAACAGCCGGAGUAGUAUAAGUAACACUCAUUCAUUGGCUCAAAUUGCCUUCCACUACAUCGCCCUAAAGUUCAAGACACUGUUCUAUUCCCUUACUGGACGCAAGUUGUAUGUUUCAUCAGUCACAGGAUUGGAGCCUGAUACUGUUGGUGAAGCUCUCACAUAUGCAGGGACGAUUCUGAAGUGGGAAGAGGAGAAGAAACCCAACUACGUUCUCUGUGACUCUUCCUACAGCCUUGACACCAGCACCUCAUGAUUUUCUGCUUGAAAAUGGCUGCUAAGUGAAGGCUACUCUGUUCACACUGUUCUUCAUUCUUGGUAUAUAAAUAGGCCCACCCAUAGCAUAUUCUUUAUAGCUACAACAAUAAGAGAUUGGUUUCUAUGUUAUUGUAAAGAUGAAACUUAUAGUCUCCCAAGAGCUGAAAGGAUGGUGCCUGUGCCAUAGAGGAUUUGGAAUGUAGAAGACUUUUCCUUUCCUUUAUUUUUCAUUUCUGAGGCAAUCAUGUAAGAGAAAUUACAAUUCAGUUCUCUUCUUUUGAGGUACUAAUGAAGAUAAGUUACAAUUGAGUC